ACCCUAACAAAUUCAUAGUGUUACACUAUUGCUAUAAUAUAAAACCUCUAUUGAAGUCUUCUUCUCCGGAUCUGAAGCCGCCCAUUCUCCUCAGCCAUGUCGAAGCGAGGACGUGGAGGAAGUGCUGGGAACAAGUUCCGAAUGUCACUGGGUCUUCCAGUGGCAGCAACUGUGAAUUGUGCAGACAACACUGGGGCCAAGAACCUUUACAUUAUCUCUGUGAAGGGGAUCAAGGGUCGCCUCAACCGCCUGCCGUCAGCAUGUGUUGGCGACAUGGUGAUGGCAACUGUCAAGAAAGGGAAGCCUGAUCUCCGAAAGAAGGUCUUGCCCGCUGUUAUUGUGAGGCAGCGCAAGCCGUGGCGCCGAAAGGAUGGUGUUUUUAUGUACUUCGAAGAUAAUGCUGGUGUUAUCGUCAACCCCAAGGGCGAAAUGAAAGGAUCUGCUAUUACUGGGCCAAUUGGAAAGGAGUGUGCUGAUCUAUGGCCAAGGAUUGCAAGUGCCGCCAAUGCCAUUGUUUAAAUGUUUGGGUUUUUGUCAUUAAACUCUUUAGAAUGGUUUUUCUGAGGUUUCUGAACUCAUCUGGCUUUAGGCUGUUGUAGCUUAACAGAUUUAAGUUUUGCCAUAGAGAUUAAAGUCUUAUCUUUUGACACC